GCCGAGGAGAGCUGAGCAGCCUGUGGGAUUCUUCUGGGGGAGCAGUGCUGAGUCCUUCCCACCAUGUCGCCUAAGAAAGCCAAGAAGAGAGCCGAGGGCGCCAAUUCCAAUGUGUUCUCCAUGUUUGAACAGACCCAGAUCCAGGAAUUUAAGGAGGCCUUCACCAUCAUGGACCAGAACAGGGAUGGCUUCAUAGACAAGAACGAUCUGAGGGACACCUUCGCUGCUCUUGGGCGUGUGAACGUGAAAAAUGAGGAAAUUGAUGAAAUGCUCAAGGAGGCUCCAGGUCCAAUUAACUUUACAGUGUUCCUACAGAUGUUUGGGGAGAAACUUAAGGGGGCAGACCCAGAGGAGACCAUUCUCAACGCGUUCAAAGUGUUUGACCCUGAAGGCAAAGGGGUGCUCAGGGCCGAUUACGUCAAGGAGAUGCUGACCACACAGGCCGAGAGGUUUUCCAAGGAGGAGAUUGAACAGAUGUUCGCCGCCUUCCCCCCUGAUGUAACUGGCAACCUGGACUACAAGAACCUCGUGCACAUCAUCACCCACGGAGAAGAGAAGGACUAAGCGGGGGCUCCCUGCCCAGCCCUGGGCUUGCCUUUGGCCUGGAUGCCUUAUAGAUACCACGUGGCCACAUAGCCUACAGAUGGAAAUCCAUCCAGAGGUCAUGUUCAAAUAAACAGACGUCGUCUAUU